CGUGCUUGUAGCGGCAUCGCCGAAAUCUGGUACGACGUGGACACAGGAGGUCGUUUACUUGAUAGCUAAUGGACUGGACGAGGAAAAGUCGAAAGAAAAGAUCUUGGAAGAAAGAUUCCCGUGUAUGGACUUCAAGUUUCCGGGAGUCAUCGAUGUCGAUCCAGAUGAGUGGCCGAAAGACCAGAAGAGAUUUAUCAAGACUCAUCUACCUUACGAUAUGCUACCGCAAGACUUCAAAGAUAAAAAAUGCAAAAUCAUCUACGUAAUGAGGAAUCCAAAGGACGUGAGCGUCUCCUACUACUACUUUCUGCGCAUGCUCAACUAUAAUCCAUUCAGAGACUACACUCUGCACAACAUCAUUCAGAAGUUUCUAUUCGGUCUAAUACCGUACGGACCAUACUGGGAGCACAAUCUCGGCUACUGGAAUGAGGCAAAGGAAAAUCCGGAGCACAUAAUGGUUGUCAAAUUCGAGGAUAUGAUCAAGGUUGAUUACGUACACAAUGGAAUCACAACAUGGCCUUUAGAAUUUUUGCUAACGACUCGUGAAGUAUGA